AGUCCGAGAUACUGAUAAGCGGCCCAUAAAGGUGCGCCCGUGAGCUCGAGAGCCGCAGUGCGCACGGCAGGGCGGUUUGGCUGCACGUUCGGAACACUCGAGCUGGGGGCACAACACUGCGCGAACUCGACCCGCUGCGACGCACCCCCGUGUCAAUCAAGCCAGCCGCUCGCCUGAGCGAAGGACAGCGUUGCGACAUGCGCAGGUGUCCGGCCCCGUCCAGCUCGAGCACGCGCGGCGGUGUCCCGUCGCCGUGCCCGUGCGACUCGUCCUCGCCGCGGCUGCUGUCCAAGUUCCGCCAGCGCCGGCACAAGGCCAACGCGCGCGAGCGCCAGCGCAUGCACGGCCUGAACGCGGCGCUGGACACGCUGAGGCGUCGCGUGCCCAUCAACCACCAGGAGCCAGGCAGCGCGGCGCCCCGCCUCUCCAAGAUCGAGACCCUGCGGCUGGCCAAGAACUACAUCGGCGCCCUGGCCGAGACGCUGCGCCAGGGCAGUCCCAUGGAGGCCACCGUGUUCGCCCGCCACCUGGCCAGGGGACUCUCGCAGGCCACGGUCAACCUGAUUGCCGGCCAGCUGCGACUGAGUCCGCGCGCGAUCGCCGUCCCGGACAACGGCGCCACGCCGUCCCCGGCGCCGCACUGGGUCGCCACAUUAGGGAAGACGCCCCCGCAACCGUCGUCGCCCGCCAUCGCGGACGCCUACGAGAGGCCACCCCGGACGCCGGACGCGGCCGCCGCGCUGGUUCAACGGCCACGGCCCUUGGCGCCGUCGUCGUAUCCGGGGGCGGCUCCCUAG